UGUCUGCGAUGAAGAUGAGGAUGAAAGAGAGCAGCUCGCUGUAUGUGGGCGACCUGGAGCCGGACGUGACCGAAGCCAUGCUGUUCGAGCGAUUCGGGUCGCUCGGUUCGGUUCAGUCGAUCCGAGUCUGCAGAGAUCGACUCACCUGCCGCUCGCUCGGUUACGCGUACGUCAACUUCGAGCGAGCCGCCGACGCCGAGCGUGCCUUGGACACCAUGAACUUUGACCUGAUGCGGGAGAAGCCCAUGCGUCUGAUGUGGUCCCAGAGAGACCCUUCUCUGAGGAAGAGCGGCGUGGGAAACGUCUUCAUCAAGAACCUGGAGAAGACCAUCGACAGCGAGGCUCUGUACGACAUCUUCUCCUCCUUCGGCAACAUCCUGUCCUGUAAAGUAAGUGAAGAGCUCCUCGAGACGCUCUGAUACGAACACAGAGAGACGCAGGAAGCCGCUGGAAAGGCCAUUGAGAAACUGAACGGCGUGUUGAUCAAUGAGCAGAAAGUGUUCGUGGGACACUUCAAGUCUCAGAAGGAGCGCGAGGCUGAAAUGCAGGCCAGAAAUAAAGAGUUCACGAACAUUUUCAUCAAGAACCUCGGGGCGGAUGUAGACGACGAGCUGCUGACGGAGAUGUUCAGUAAAUUCGGCCGGACUCUGAGCGUUCGGGUCAUGACGGAUGAGAAGGGAAACUCCAGAGGCUUCGGUUUCGCCAGCUUCGAGAAUCACAGCGACGCCAAACGAGUGACCACCAGAGCCAUCACCGAGAUGAACCGUAGGAUCGUCGACUCCAAGCCCGUCUACGUGGCUCUGGCUCAGAGGAAGAAGGAGCGCCAGGCUCUGCUCAGGCAGGUGCGGAGUCUGUCUUCUUACAGCAGCGGCCAGCCUCAGGACAGCCCUCAGGUGAACCCCGGUCUCUGGUCCCUGCAGCACAUCUAUCCUCCUGAGGAUCACCAUCAUCACGGGCUCUUCUGUGAGCAGAUAAAUGAAGCGUUUGCUGUUCUUCAGUCUCAUCAGCCGAUGGAAGCAGUUCAGAUGUCAUUCAGUCAAGUCGUCUGAGACAGAUAUCAAUGACCACACACAGACUGACUAAUUCAUAAAAAUAAUAUUCAUUUUUAAAUAGUAAUUCAGUGUCUAUUACAGAUAUCUUACAAAUAUUUUAUUUUAUAUAUAUACAUUUUUUCAAGUUUGCUUUUAGCAAGGAAUAUUUAUUUAAUAUUUUACUGCAUGUUGUGUUUUAACCUGUGCAAUAAAAAGAUUUUGUCACUAAAUACAAACAGUUCACGGGGCACUGCUGUUUAUCUAUUUCAGUUUCCUUUAUUGACAUGACGGUUUACAUGCAAUAAUACUAAACCAUUAAAAACAAUCCAUUAAUAUAUAUGUACACAAAUGCAAAUGAUACUUUAAUACAAUACAAGCUUUAUUAAUGCAAUGUGUUUUUUUUGUCUCAAAGAAAUGUACAACAUAUAAUGCAGACAAAAUAUAAAAGAAAUAAAAAAAGAAAUAAAGAGAGUAAUUAAUUGCACAUCAUAGCUGAGAUGUAUUUUUAUUACAAGAAAACGGCAACUGCUGCCACUGGAUAAAAAAAAAGGUCAUUGAGAUUUUUUCUCCUAAAUUCUGAGUUAUAUCUAACACCUUUUUCAGUGCUUUUAAUGCAACCUAUUAUAACCUAUUAUAAAUAAAAAUGAUUGAUUGAUUUUUGCGUUAUUUCCCAGAAUAGCCCUUUUAAUGUUUAAUGCCGUGGUGUAAACGAUCUUUCAUCUGGUUGCGAAUUGAUAUAUAAUGUAUUAAACCAAUGAUAUGGCAUCGGGCAGAUUGUUUUAUAUAAUUCAUAUAUGACCUUCAUGAAAACCCAUCCGCGACCUUUACGUCCGGUCUUAUAUAUUUUUUUCGUGUAUCGCGCUACUCUUAUUAUAGCAGCCCGCGGACUCUUAUUCUGCUCUUACGUAAAAAUAUAAAGGAAACCCACGCAACAUCCGGCGAGGACGCCUUCUUAUCAGAGCCGUACUUCCGCUUCUCUCCCCCUACCUUGUGCGGUGCGAGAGAGAGCGCGUGUGCCUCAGAGCCUCGGCACACAUCUUAUAUAAAAAAUCAAAAAUACAAAAAAAAAUCACAAAACAGAAAAAAAUACCAACAAAAAAUCAACUUUUAUUACCGAACACCUCGGUGAGGCAGGAUUCCGCGGACGGGUUUGAGGAGUUUAAUCGCAGGGCAGCACCGCAGUAGGCCUGAGGAGAUUUUAAUCAUCGAUACCGCCGAAACAUCGACGCCGAAUCGGUACCGAACGCG